UCCAUGUUGUAACAAAGUUUCCUUCGCCUCUGCCUUUUUCUUUUCCCCCUUUUUUGUUUUGUUUUCCCCCCUUUCCCCGUCUCCCCCUGCCCCUCCCCACCCUUUGUUUCCCCCCUUCCGUUUUAAUUUAAUUUUAAUUUUUGAAAACAAAUUAUUAACAACCAUAACUCCUGAAAAAUUCCCCAAAGCGGUGGAGAGACAAUUGGAGGAGGCAAGACAGAGCUCCGCACUUUUGGUCUAAUGGACAGCGGGUCCAUUAUCACCCAGGUUAGCAAGGAAGAGGUGAACACUCCUCUGCAGGAGAAAGGUGCUCAGAACCCGUCACCUUCCAAGAAGCCCAGGAACCGCAGCAUCUUCCAGUCCCUCUUCUGCUGCCUUUGCCAUGACAACUCUGAGCCUAUCCCUGUCAACAACAAUGCCCCACUGCUGGUUGAGGAAAACGGUUCGGUGCCCAAGGCCACCAUCAAAUACCUCCUGCCAGAAAUCAAGCCUCAAGAUGCCAGCAAAAUCUGUGUGGUCAUUGACCUGGAUGAGACACUGGUGCAUAGCUCCUUUAAGCCAGUGAACAAUGCUGAUUUCAUCAUCCCAGUGGAGAUUGACGGAGUCACACACCAGGUGUAUGUGCUGAAGAGACCCCAUGUGGACGAGUUUCUCCGGCGGAUGGGUGAGCUCUUUGAGUGUGUGCUCUUCACCGCUAGUCUGGCAAAGUAUGCAGAUCCUGUUGCUGACUUGCUGGAUAAAUGGGGAGCCUUCCGUGCCCGCCUGUUCCGUGAGUCGUGUGUCUUCCACCGGGGGAACUACGUCAAGGAUCUCAGCCGCCUAGGCCGUGACCUGACGCGUAUUAUCAUUGUGGACAAUUCACCUGCUUCCUACGUCUUCCACCCUGAUAAUGCUGUGCCUGUGGCUUCAUGGUUUGACAACAUGGCUGACACAGAGCUACUCGACUUGUUGCCAUUUUUUGAGAGACUCAGCAAAGUGGAUGAUGUGUAUACAGUGCUAAAGCAGCACCGGACUAGUAGCUAGUGACUGCAGGGGACUUUGGGCAGGGGAAGGAGGGGUGUAUGCCCAUCUAGCCGCUUCCUUCUGCUGAGCAGGUCAGUCUGCUCUCCCAGCCUAGCCCCUGGCAUAGCAGUGCACAGGAAACCCAGCAGGGGGCAGCAGAGAGCCACUGGUUCCCAUGGGGCACCAGGACAGACACCAAUGUCUGAAUGUCACCUUGAACCCUGAACCCCAAAGAGGAAUCAUCCUUGCUGCUGUGUUUAAAAAACGGUUUGUUCCCCUUGUAUUAUGGCUGUGGGGACCAGGCCCUCAGCCCAUUUUUUUCACACACCGUGGGACCAAAACUCGGCCCCGUCCCCUACAAAGGGAAAAGGCAUCCUGGCCCAUUCCCCUAUCACCAGGUUGGGAAGGGUCAUGCAGUGACUGGUCCCAGGAAUUCCCUGUAUCCCACUGUUGCCUGAUAUUCUCCUCCCCUUCUUAAUAGGUGCUGAGCCCUAGAUUCUGCGGAGGGUUAUUGGUGCUACUGCCAUAUUUCCGGUGGUGGUCACUGACAGUACUAAGAGCUAAGGAAUCCCCCAAGGUGGAAAAUACUGAAGAGGGAAAGGGAGACACAAGAGAAAAGGUAUAGCUGAUUGGGGGACUGAAAAGUUGUGGGCAAAUACAUUAAGAAGGUAGAAUAUGUAGAGAAAUUUGGCUGUAUCUGUAAAGGGAGCUGAGUGUCUGUAUCUCAGCUGAUAAUUUUUGGGCUGGUGUCUGAGGAUUGUAUCUUAUGCGAGAUAAUGUACUCACGUGUGCUGUGUGACUUAGGACAUGCUGGGCCAUCUCCUGUCACUCUGCUCAGCUAAGGCUGGCAUGUUGUGUUGCCACUAGGCACAUCCUGCUAACACAAGGUUAGCAGGAUCCACCAGUAGGACGCACUUUGCCUGUCUGGAAUGUACCAUCCUUAGCUAAGUGUAGAAUACAACCCAAUGUUGUCCUACUAAGAAUGGUUUUCAGCCAUUUCUUGGGACAGAAGCUCUGUAGUCUUGCUUUCCACUGAAAAUUUCCUUUAAAGGAAAAAAUAGUCAUAUUUAUUUUUCAUUCCCUUUUGGAGGGUGAAAGAAACCCAAGCUUCUCUUCAUUUUCUUUCUGAAGAAAUGACAAAAAAGUGGAUCAGGAGGAGACAUUUCACUAGCAGAUAGGAAGCUUUUCCCAGCUGAGAUGCAAUGCAAACUAGGUCUGUCAGUUUGUACACUCACAUUUGUAAGUGCCUUAGAGGUGAGGGAAUGACCAAUCCAAUGGAUUGAACAGCCCCAAGUCCGAUCCACAGCCCAAUCAAAGCCUGGCUUAACCCCACUGUUUUGAGGGGCCCCAAGCCAGUUCUGUGAUUGGUUGCAUCUGAGAGAAAUGGUUUUUGAGGGACUAAGAUAAUAUGGAGUGGCUUCUGGAGUGGUCCGUAUCAUGCUUGGGCUAUAGGCAAGGUGAGCACUGUUGGUCAAUAAACACUAUAGAGGAAGUUUGCCACCUACAACAGUCCAGUUGGUUUCCGAUUAUUAGUGUGGUUGAUGAUUCUGCCUUCUAGUACCCAGGUAUGACACAGCCUAAGAAUCCUUCUCAUAGCCUUUCCAUAUUCCAUGCCAGUCUUGAGUUUUCUGCUCCAAACCCUGGAUUCUCCUAGGCCCGUUCUUCAGUUCCCCUUACCUCUCCCCUCCCAGUAGCUGUGACCAGACAUAAUAUGGGCAUAGGCUGGAAGGGAGAGAUGGCAGUCUUUUCCUGUGCCACAGUGGCGUUGUCUCUUACGCUGUAGUGCCUUUAAACCCCAUCAUCUCCCAACUGAAUCUGCCCUGAGAUGCAACAAUUGGCUGUGGGCUGUAGUUGGAUUUCUGUAACCUUCUUGGGCUCGCAGGGGCAUGUGGGGAAAUUGUGCCUUUUAGAAAUGAAUGAUCAGCUGGUAUUACUGAGAGAAAUGAUGAAAAGCACAUAAUGUGAGGGGGGGGGGAGUGCUGGUGAGCAAGACCUCUGUUUCCACUGCUUUGUCAAUGGCCCAGUUGCUCUGGGUUCCCAAAGACUGCUUAUCGGAAAUCAAGCCAGCCCUGCCACCUGUUUAACUACAUUUCUUCCCACCUCACCUAGGAGCUUCAUUUAACAAGAAAGAACCUUGAGCUAGCUGCCUUGGUCGCUCUGCCGGCGGCCUCCACAAGAUCUGGAUUUUCCUCAGUUUCUCUCCAGUGCCACCUUGAAUUUGCCUUAAAAAUGUUGGGAUUCAAGAAUUCUUUGUGCCUUUUAUGAUUGUUCUCGGCUGUUUGUUAAAGAAAGGACAUGAUGCAGCAAAUCUUUAGAGCCUUCGCCCCAUAUCAGGAUGGAAUGUUUCGUGACGGAGCAGGCCUUGACUCUGGAGAGUGGGUCACGUCGUAGUCUGUUGAUCUGGAGCAAAGGGUCAUGUUGAGCCUCACUGUCAGGGAGCAUUUAAGUCAUCAUUUGCAGAUCAUUCACCACCACACCAGAUUGCACUUAAAGCAUCUUACUAAAAUGAGUAUUAUAAUAAAUCAGGAAUAGUUGAAGGGCCUCUUCACUGUCAGGUUGGGCCUGGCAGUCCCAGUUUCUUAUGGGUGUGUGUGGGGGGGGGGAUACAGGAAGUUUCAACGAUCACAAAAACGUGAUUACAUUGUCUAAUAGCUACUGCUGGAUUUAUCCUUCAGGAACAUCCAUGUUUGGUUUUAAGCACAGUUAAGGUAAUAUUGUUCCUCAGCACAGAGAACUGCAAAUUAUAAUACGGUGGGGAGAGGUCCCUUUGAAUGUUUUUAAUUUUUUAUUACUUAAAUAUUGUUGGUUUUAAAAAAUAAUUGUUCAGUGGAACAAUAUAAGCCACAUCACCCUAAUUACUCUAUCUCUUCCAAAUUUCCCUCCACCUCCAAAUUCUAGGUAUACCUAAACUGAGACAGAGAAAAUACAAUUGAAAGGGGAAAACUUGAGGGUUUUUUCCUUCUUACUAUAUGGGGAUGGGAUCUGUUAUCACAAUAUAUGUGAACAUAAAUGUCAAUCUAUAUCAAGUUAAAUUAACAAUGCAAUCCUAAGAAGAGUUACUCCAGUCUAAGCCCAUUGAUUCCAGUGAGCUUAGAGUAGAGUAACUCUGCUUAAGAUUGUACUGCAAGCCUGUCUCUUUCCACCCGGAUCAACUGCCAUACUGUUAAAUGGCACAAAAAUCAGAUAAUAUCUACCAAAACACUAGAUUGAAUUGAUGCCUUCACAAACAUCCCGCAACCCCCCCCCCCCCCACACACCAUAUUUCAGUGUAAGAAAAACUGUCACUCUUCUGGCUUAGAACAUUUAGCAAUUUGCUCCGCUCUGGCAGUGUUCAGGGCAAAACUAGAUGUGACACCAUCCUCAUGGCUGCCACAAGGAUGCCAUCACCAUUUUAGCAUCAUUUAAAAAUGCUGCAAGGGCCCAGUCCUGAUUUGGCCCACAGCAUAGUGUUCUCCCCCCCCCCCAGGCCUUUUCAAGUGCCGAAACAGCCACCUCCCCCAUGGGGAUAAGGUGUAGGAGGGAAACGAAUACCACAGCCUGUUGCACAGUGGGCUGGAUCAAGAUCCAGCCUUCAUGGCAUUUUUAAAUAACUUUAAAAUGGCCGCAGUGUCUUCAUGGCAGCUACGAUGCUGCGGUCACAUCUAGUUGGCCCUCAGAUACCCUUUUCUCUGGACCAGUGAACCACUAAUGACCCACCAAUCCCAGCAGACAAACUGCUCUAGUUCUAAGGUUCGUUCAGACAAAUUUGAUGUGGGAGCUGCCCCUCAUUCAAGAAGACUUUUCUAAAGGAUGUUUGAAGAACAAUUCUAGCAGGGCACAUUUUAGAUUAUAUAAAUAUGUAUCAUGUGUAUAUAGUUGGGGGGACUUGAAAAAAUGGAUAAAAAACCAUCAGAGGAUUUUUAUAGCUGUAUUUUUAACAAUGUUCUUGGGAGAUGGUAAUUAUUUUUGUGUGGUUGGUUGUCAAUUUUCCUGGUGUAAACAUUAAUGGGGUGGGAGUGAUUUUGCCCAUGAGAUGACACCUGUAUUGGGGAGCAUGCUGUUCUUCUCCAAAUACCUGUGGCUCCUUCCCUGCACCCCAGCACAUACACAUUUUAUGGUAUUCAGUAGCCUCAGUGUUUGCCAAGGGUUAAAAUCAGAUUUCAAGCCCUUGCUCCAUAUCCCUUUUCCUCCAACAGAAAUUCACACAUCUCUUCUUGGCCAUUUUCUUUCUCCCCCUCCAAAUUCUCAUAAGAUGCUAGUUGUCUACCCCAGAAGGUAAUGACUGAGAGGUAGCAAGCAUGUCCCCCUAAGAGUGGUAUUCCUUAGGGUGAAUUUUUCCUCCUUUAUCGAAUUUAACUUUUUAAUUUCUUAUUUUGGGGGUAAGGUGUAGCGACUCAGGGCUAGCCACGAGGAAUAGCAAGUUAAAAUACGCUAACACAGUAUUGGAAAACUCAGCACUUUAUUUGGGGAAGGAAAAUCAGAUGUCUUCUCAGUGCCAACUGAACGUUACGAAGAGACACAAGUUAUCUACAAAACAUGUUGGUGUGACCAAGGCUCAUUGCAGACACUCCUUGUGUUUCCUGGGCUGGCUGAGUAAGGUGCCACUUCAUACUCUCUAUUUCAUAAGAAGUCUCUCCUGUAGCUGAAUGCUUUGCUUCUUAAAGUUACACCUCUACUGCCUGGUCCUCCCCCCACCCCCGCAAGCUAUUGUGUUUGGAGAAGAAGCUGUUCCCCACCCCAUCUGUUCAUACUGUCACAUAGGUAUCUGUUGACCACAAGCUGAUCUUUUAACAAUGGAAGAGAGUGAGAAAUCACAAAUCAAAGUGCCUUUUCAUAUGAUUCAAACUGUAAAAUAAUCUUUAAAGAAAAGAAAAUCAAACCCA